UGCGUGCUUUUUGAUCGCAGGUUUUUAGUCACGGUUUGAUAGAACAAACAAAACCUGGGGAAAAUUCAGGAAGACUCGGCCGGAAAUCAUGGUAUCCAUAGAGACGCUAUCGGAAGUUGGGGUUGCUAGGAGGCCUGGGCGCGUCGGCUAACGUGCGUCAUGGCGAAGUCCCAGAGCCUUACGAUUCCGGCCCGGUUGAAGGAGAAGAUCUGGAGUAUGAGGUCGAACUGCCUACAGCUCUUAAAAUGGCUCAAGACCCCGAAGGCGACACCAUGGCAGAGGGAGGCCCGGAGCUGCCUGUAGAGAUUGACCAGGAACCCCAGCCAGAGAUGGAGGAAAAAGAGCUCGAAGUGGGGGCGCCGGAGAAAAUACACCUACACGCAAAACCGACCAGCACGUCCAAGGAGGAGAUUCCCAAGGAGUCCGAGAGAGACCUUCCUAGCGAGACUGAGCCAGGGAUGCCGCAGGAGGCAAAGUCAGAGACAUGGAGAGAGAUGGGAAGAGAGCUUUUCAAGGAUUCCGAGGUCCUUAUGGAUGAUAAAGAGGAGCCAGAUUUAGAGCCACCGGAGGAGGCCAAAUUAGAUGUUACAGAGGACGGACUCACAGAGUCAGAUAAGGAAACAGAUCUGGAGCUUCCAGAGGAGACAGAGUCUGAAAUUUCAGGGGCCUCAUUCAGUGAGUCAAGAUUAGAGUUGCUACAAAAGAACAUACUGGAGGUUCUGGAGGAGUCAUUUAAAAAGCAAUAUGCAGGAAUAGGUCCAGAACCUCCGGAGCAGGCCAAACCUGAAUUUCCAAGUGAGAAACCAAGAAAAUCAGUUGAUGGGGCAGAUCUACAGCCGCCAAGGAUGACCAUUCCAGAGGAAGCACAAAGAAAGUCACCUGAGGAGAAAGGGACAGAGUCACCUGAACAGACUAAACCAAAGUUUCCAAGGGGGAAACGAAGUAAGGCUACUGAGGAGGCAGGUUUACAGCCACCAGAAGAGACUAAACCAGAGAAUCCAGAGGAGGACCAAAGAAAAUCAACUGAGGUGAAAGUUCCAGAGCCACUCGGAGAGACCACAUCAGAAUUUCCUGAGGAAAAAUCAAGAAAAUCAAUUGAGGAAACAGGUUUAGAGCCAUCAGGAAAGACCAAACCAGAAGUUGAAGAGGAGACACUGAAAGAGUCAACUGUGAAGAAAGUUUUAGAACCACUAGAGGACAUUCAACCAUCAGAUCAAAAAGAUAAGUGGAGAAAAUCAACUGAGGAGACAGGACUGGCACCACCACAGAAGUCCCAAUCAGAGGAGACAAUAAGAAAGUUAACAGAGGAGAAUGAUCUAGAGCCAAAGUUUCCAAAGAAAGAACCAAGAAAAUCAACUGAGGAAACAGGUCAAAGGCCACCACAGAAGACCAAACCAGAGGUUCAAGAGAAGACACAAACAGAAGAAACUAAAGAGAAAGAUCUAGAAUUACCAGAUAAAGCCCAACUGCCACUAAGAAUAGUGUCACAUACAGAAUUUUUCAAGGAAGAUAGGCCAAAACCAGUCAAAUUUAAAUAUUCACCAGACAAGGAUAAGCUAGAACACUCUGACUAUGAAACAAGAAAGUGGUCAGUAAAAAAAACCAAGGCUAAAAGAGAGUCCACGUUUGAGUCUCUGAGAGUAAGUAAAGUAGACUCAGUGAGGGAGUGUUUUACCACAAACUUCAUCUGUGGUCGAAAGCUCAUUCACAUAAACUGCUCAAACCUCCCUCAGAUGGGGAUAACAGACUUUGAGGACAUGAAGGCAAUUUCUCGGCAUACACGAGUGCUCCUCGGAAUUGAAGAGCCAUUGUUCAGUCGCACCAUCACCCUGCCCUACAGGGACAAUAUCGGCUUAUUUUUAGAGCGAAAAGGUCACACUGGGGUAAAAUCUGAUUCCUUGACCUUCUCUGAAUUUGUGCAAGCAGAAGGAUUACAGGAUUAUGCUCCAAAAAUAACCACCCCCGAAGAGAAGGAAGCAUAGCAUGACACUGAACUGAAGGGGAAAGCUGUUUCACUUACCUUGGAAGAUCAAACUGAACUACUUGGGGGGAAGAAGUGUGUUCUUUUGGGUUCUCUUCUCUUCUUCAUUAAGGAUUAGAGUUAGAACUUCUGGUUCCACUUCCAGUUCUAUCACCACCUCUCAGCACUUUCUUUUCAUUUGUGUUUCAAGUUAGCCCCAUGUUUAAACAAAGGUAGCAAUAUUUCUCUUUCUGGGUAAUUCUUGAGAAAUUCUAGUAAUGCAUCUGGUCAUAGGAACAUGUUAGAGAAAUGGAAUUAAAAGUAAAAUCUCCCGCCAACCCGAAUAAGGUUCUCCGCAAAUGCAGAAAAAGAAACAGUUGUAUUAUUGAAUCAGCACUAAAUCAGCAGUGUUGGGCAUCACAGGCAAGUUGCUAAAGAUUACGAAGUCAAGGAAAUGACA